UGAAGCUCACAAUUGUGUUGCACUUAUUGCUAUAAUGAAAUUGCUGGGUUUUUUCUUGUCGUGGGUUUCAGUAUGCGCAAUAGUAUCAGCCAGCGAAGAACGACACAUAUAUUGCGGGCGUUAUUUGGCAUACAAAAUGGCCGAUUUGUGCUGGCGUGCCGGCUUUGAGAAGCGUAGUGUCGCGCACUACGCCGGUUACGGCUGGCCGUUGCUGCCUUCUUUGUCGGAAGAGCGCGGCAAACGAGGCAUCGCCGAUGAAUGCUGUCUCCAACCUUGCACGAACGAUGUGUUACUGUCAUACUGUUAGAUAGCAUCCUCAAAAUUGACGUUCCUUUAUAAUUGAAUUAUUGUGCAUAAAAUUUG